GCUGAGCAUCACUACCUGGUUGUUCCCAAUAUCCACAUAGACAGCUGUAUUUCACUCAUGAAGGAGCAUGUGCCCAUGGUAAAGGAAAUGGUGAAGAUGGCGAAAGCUGUGCUGCUGAAACAUAAUUUCAACAAUCUUGAUGACAUCAGGUUGGGGUUCCAUAUUCCUCCUUUCUACUCUGUGCAUCACCUGCACCUGCAUGUUCUGGCACCUGCCAGUCAGAUGGACAUCCAUUCCCUCUGGACCUAUGGGCCUCAAGCCUUCUGGUUUAUCACAGUGGAACAUGGUGAUGAGGUGUCAGUGGCUCUGGCUGUUUGUUGGUAUCUGGGGCCUGCUGUGUGGGCCUAUCUGGUGUGCCCCCACGCUGCCUCCUGCUGUCCUGGAGGACCUGGAGUCCAUCAGCUCAGAGGUGAUUGUGCGCAGGGGUCCCUGCAGCGCCACCUGUGGCCUGGGGCUCCGCACGGAGGAGAAGUGCGUCCUGGAAGAAGGCGGAACUCCCCGGGACUGCCAGGAGCGCAGGGUGUGGUGCUUGCUGACCUGGCAGUGUGGCCUGCACACCCUGACUGCGGCCACAGGGGGCACUGUGGUGCUGGACUGCCUGAGCGAAGUGACGCGGGUUCAGGGGAGGUUCGGUUUCUUCCUCUCCUGGCGCUAUGCCCGUGGUGUGGUCACCACCGACGACGGCCUUUUUGCCCGCUGGCACGCGCCGGGGCUGGAUCGGUUGACGCUGAACCCCCUGCGUGAGGAAAACGCCGGAACCUACCGCUGCGACGUGCAGGACAGCGCACACCGCAUGGUUAAGAGGGUGUACUUUGGGGUUAAGGUCCUGCCUGCAGAUGUAAUACAGCUGAACUUUACCAGCGCCCUCAGCCAAUGGGAUAUCCCCGACAACAGGCUGAAUCCAGGAGCAGGACCAGAGCCUGCAUAUCCCUACACAACACAGAGGGACAUGGUGCUUUACAGUUUCAUAGUGGCUGCCAUAGCUGCUGCCCUAAUCUUCCUCUCUCUCCAUUAUGCCUGCCGGAGGCUCACUGCCUCGGCAACUCUUAAUCACUAA